UUUCCCCAGCUGAAAGUAGAAUUGUUUGGGUUGGCGCUGGCGAAGGCUCGUACGAGAAGACUAAUCACUCAGCCGGGCGAUCAGCGGGCAUAUCCUGGUAUUGUCUCACCGAGGCGGUGUGAUGCUGUCGGUCUGCAAGGCAUUGACUUGUGGACAGAUAUUAUGGCCUUCAUGACAUCCAGUGAUUUGGAGGGGGGGCAUGUUUAGCCAGUGAUACGCAGAAGGGAGGGAAGGACUUUUUGCUAUUAGCUAUAAAACAAGAACAUAGAGCGGUUGUUUCAGUUGUGGCAAGAACCCUUCAUUUUUUUUCCCAAUGUGAUGUAUUUUUGGAGAAAAGUUUUGUGAAUUAGCAGACUUUGGAGCCAUGGAGUUCUGUACAAGCAGGUGCUUGAGAGGAAUUUGGUUUCUGACGCACCUGACUGCUUGCAUGGCAAGUAUGACCGGGAGAUGUAGUCUGUUUGGAAGGCACCACAUUCAUACCUUUGACGGGGUUUUAUACGAGUUUCCCGGCGACUGCAGCUACCUUCUGGCUGGGGACUGCCACCGUCGUUCUUUCACACUGCUGGGAGAUUUCAAGGAUGGCAAAAGAACUGGAGUCACACUGUUUCUUAGUGACGUCUUCGAGCUGCACCUGUCUGUAGAUGGACGACUAUCACAGGGAGAAACCAGACUUCCUCUGCCGUACGCAUCUCACGCUGUGUUUGCCGGCAUGGAGCUCGGCCUCUAUAAGCUGUGGAGUGAGGAGUUCGGCUUCACCGUCACCAUUGACAACGCUGCCAACGUGGAUCUGAGGCUCACCAAACACCACGCAAACCUAACCUGCGGCCUUUGUGGCAACUUCAAUACUGUGCCGGCUGAUGAAUACACCGCUCAAGAAGGAUUCCUUACAGACGACAGUUAUGACUUUGCAAACUCGUGGGCAGUGAAGGGUGCGGGUCAAGCCUGCCGACGUGUUUCGACUCCAAGUCAGUCCUGCAACAGCUCAAAAGACACUUCAGAGAUUCUGUCCAGCUGCAGCGUGUUGCAAACAUCUUCUGUGUUCCUGCACUGCGCCCACUUGGUGUCCCCCGAGGUGUUCCUGUCUCUGUGCCAGGAGGAGGUGUGCCGCUGUGACCAGGCGGACAGCGAAGACUGCUACUGUCCAAUCCUUCUGGAGUACGCCCGCACGUGUCACGCUCACGGGAUGCUUUUAAGAGGAUGGCAGCAAGAGAGUCAAUGCUUCCCUAAAUGUCCGGUUGGAAUGCACUAUAGUGAAUGCACUAAGUCUUGCUCCACAACCUGCCAUAGUCUCAACAUCCAGGAGGUCUGCAAAGAAGAGUGUGUGGAUGGCUGCACAUGUCCUGUGGGUAAAGUUUUGGAUGGGAACCGCUGUGUGGAGGUGUCUCAGUGUUCUUGUGUGCAUACGGGGCGACACUUCCCUCCGGGAUCCACCAUCUCCCAGGACUGCAACACAUGUGUGUGCCGACAUGGUUCAUGGGAAUGCACUAACGAAGGCUGCCCCGGUGAGUGCCUGGUGGUGGGUCAGUCCCACUUCAAGUCCUUCGACAACAAGUUCUUCACCUUCACGGGCCUGUGUCAGUACCUGCUGGCCCGAGACUGCGCAGAGCAGGAGUUUUCUGUCAUUAUUGAAAAUGUUCAGUGUGCAGACGAUCAGGAUGCUGUGUGCACGCGCUCUUUGACCCUCAGCCUGCCUGCACUUGAGGACAUGACAGUGAAGUUGAAGCACGGAGGAGUGGUUUCUGUCAACGGCAUGGACAUCCAGACCCCAAUGCACCAUGGUCGCUUGCAUAUCCAGAGAUCUGUGCAGUCAUCUGUUCUUCUCAAGUUUGGAAAGGACUUUCGCCUCGACUGGGACGGGAGGGGUCGUGUGCUUUUAAAACUGGGACCACAAUGGGCGGGUCGGACUUGUGGCCUCUGCGGUAACUACAACGGUAACCAAGGAGAUGACUUCUUGUCCGAGUCUGGACUGGUCGAGGCAGUCCCUCAGAUGUUUGCUCAGUCCUGGAGGAUCAACGGCAACUGCGAGUCCACACACAAACCCCAGGCUGAUCCCUGUGCCAUCAACCCCAAGAGAGUGCGUUUUGCAGAAGAAGGGUGCUCAAUGAUAAUGUCAGACGUGUUCAGCCCAUGCCACUUCCUGGUCAACCCGGCUUCAUUCCAGCGGUUCUGUCGUUACGAUGUGUGCUCAUGUGUGGACGGUGAGGAGGGUCUGUGCUCCGCUCUGGCUUCCUAUGCAGCCGCAUGCGCCGCCAAAGGGGUGCUGCUCCGCUGGCGUUCUCCAUCACUCUGUGAAAUGCGGUGUACCAGAGACCAGGUGUACGAGGUCUGUGGAAGUCUGUGUGACCGCACAUGCCGAUCGCUGUCUGGAACUGAGGCCGGCUGUGGAGGGGAGAGGGUGUGCGAGGAGGGUUGUUUCUGCCCCGCUGGGAAGUACCUCAGCGACUCUGGAGAGUGUGUGACGGCGGAUAAGUGCACCUGCUUGCAUGACGGACAGCUGUACCAGCCCAAUGACGUCUACGCUGAUCAAAGCAGCAUCUGCUCCUGUGAGAGCGGAUCCAUGCGUUGCAGCUCCCACAAAACAAGCACUUCAUUGUCUGACCUUUUCUACGAUGAUGACCUGGCACCAUCCAGAGAGCGGCGCUCAGCAGAGUGUGUUCCUCCAUUCAUCCGUGCAAAGUGUGAUGCAGGGCAAACGGGCUUGGAAUGUGCCAGAAGUUGCCAGAAUAUGCACCUUCCCUGUGUCUCCCAGGCCUGCAUCCCUGGCUGCUUCUGUCCACCUGGCACUGUGUACUACCAAAGAAACUGCAUUGUUCCAGAGCAGUGUCCGUGCUACCUCAACAACAAGCCUUAUGCAUCAGGACAAACCAUAUCGGUGGACUGCAAUACCUGUGUGUGUGAAAACAGGAAGUGGCACUGCACAAAGAAGUUUUGUGAUGGUACAUGUCGCACCGUGGGGGAGAGGCAUUACAUCACCUUCGACGGCCAGAAGUACACGUUCCCUGGACUCUGUCAGUAUGUCCUGGUCCAGGACAUGUGUAACGGAGAAGAGGGUUCCUUCAGAGUGCUUGUGGAAAAUGAGGCCUGUGGAAUUUUGGGACAUCGCUGUGCCAAGUCUGUAUCAGUCUACUACCGGGGAGGAUUGAUUGUAAUGCACAAUGGAGAGGUGAGUAUGAAAGUGCCGGUUCCACAGAGCGCGCAGGUGGAGAUUGUCAAAUCGGGUCAGUUCUACACCCUGCUGCUUGGGAAACACAUUUCCCUCAGUUGGGACAAGGGAAACCACCUCCUGGUCCACAUCUCUGCCACAUACAAGAGCCGAGUCUGUGGUCUGUGCGGCAACUUUGACGGGAACGUCAAUAACGACUUUGUUAGCAGUAACAAUCAGCUGGAGGUUGACCCCUCCCACUUUGGAAACUCCUGGAAGGUUUCUCCCAGCUGCGCUGAUGUAACGCAGGUACCUGCUCCCUGCGGUGACAACAUGGUCAGGCUGGUGACAGUCGAGCAGUCCUGCCGUGUGCUUACUGGUCCCCUCUUUAAAGAAUGCAACAGCCAGGUUGCUGCCGAGCCCUACAUGGGGAUGUGUGUCGACGCAGCGUGCUCAUGUCCAUCAGUUGGCGACUGCGCUUGCUUUUGUGACGUUAUUGCAGCCUAUGCGCAGGCUUGUUCCGAGAGGGAUGUUUCUGUCAGCUGGAGGUCCACUGAGCUUUGCCCGAUGAGCUGCGAGGGGCUAAAUCCAAAGAGCCUAACUUCAGGAGAGGAGUUAUGCCAGUGGAGAUACAACACUUGUGGGCCUGCCUGUCCCGUCACCUGCCAGCACCCUGACCCCCUCCAGUGUUCUCUCACAUGCGUGGAAGGAUGUCAUGCCUACUGCCCCCCAGGCCAGCUGUUGGAUGAGGUGGCCAUGAGGUGUGUUGAUCCCUCUCAGUGUCAGGUGUGCGUGCACGAGGGUCAGAGAAUCUCUCACGGCAACAAAGUCAUCAUCAGCCGUCAUGACCCCGCCCAUUGCAAAAUAUGUCACUGCAACAACAACACCCUAGCAUGCGAGGCUUGCCCCGCUACCACUGCCGCGCCGACCCUUCCCUCCGCCACCGUGACAUCUCUAUCCAUGACCACCGUGAUGCCCGAGGGGACGUGUGAUCGAGCCAUGGAUCUGGCUUUCCUAUUGGAUGCCUCCACGGCGCUGAGUGAAAAUGAGUUCGAGGCCACCAAAAAUUUUAUACUGGGAGUGAUCGAACGUUUCCGCAUGGGUUCCGCUCACACUCGAGCCACAGUACUACUUUUCCAAUCUGGGGUCAAAACCUAUGACCUGCAGGUCCAAAAGUGGCUGUUUAAGAAGACCGUGCGUGAACUGCACUAUAUCGGAGGGGAUGCAGCCUUCUUGGACGAGGCUAUCAAAUACCUGGCUUACAACAUCUACGAUAAGAACAAACGGGAACACACCGGUCGCGUCGUCGUCAUCUUGACGGCCAGCACCAACCCUCGUCCCAUGCCUGCGUACAUUAGGAUGCUCCGCAAGAAUAGCAUCACCACGCUUACUGUGGCCCUUGGUCCGGGGGUAAGCAUGGCCCAGAUCAAUGACAUUACAAAGGUCAACCGCGAUAACAGGGCCUACGUGCUCAGCAGCACAGCUGAGCUACCGGAUCGUCUUUUAGAAGUCACAGACUACCUCUGCACUCUGGGGUUGGAUCCGAAGCCGGAAAUAUCUCGCACAACCACCACCCCCCAUCUUCCUCAUCCAGAACCCAUCCCUACAAAACCCCUCUCCACCACAACGACCACCACACCCUCUCUGCCUCCAACCAAAGAAGUGACGUUCAUCAUUGAGGGCUCUAAAUCAGUCGGACAGGCCAACUUCAACAAGACUCUCUUGUUCCUGGAGAAGGUUAUCACUCAGAUGGCAGAGAAGGAGAAGUUCAUCCGCAUCACUGUGAUCCAGUACUCCAUAACAGUGACAGUCGAGAUCCAUCGCUGGGACCUGAGGUACCAGAGGAUGAUGCUCUUACAAAGACUCAGGCAGAUUCGCUGGCAAGGUGGAAACAAGACAAACACCGGGACCGCUUUGGCGACAACCUUUCAGGAAACUCCCACAGUUUCGUCACGUGGGCCCACCCCUCCUCAGCUGGUCUUCCUUGUGACAGAGAACCCACCCACGGACACGGUGACGCGCCCACCAUCCACAAGCACCCAAACCCAUGUGUAUCCAAUCGGGGUCGGCCCAAAAGUGCGAGAGUUUGACUUGUAUCCGAUCAGCUCGCCAAAGCGUCCAAUAAUGGUGACCGACUACAACGAUCUCAGUAAAAUUGUCCACCGUGUUGUCAACAUUACACACUUCACGGUCACACCACGCUUCCCGACACUGGCACCCAUGGUUCAUCCCACACUCUCCAGCCUCCCAGCUACAGUGCCAUGUAGAACGCCAGUGGAUGUGUUGUUCCUACUGAAGGCCGGGGAGCAGUUGGACGACAUGAAGUCUUUUGUGAAAGCUUUCAUCAACUCAGCUGACAUAGGUCUGAAAGGCACUCAGGUGAGUGUGAUCCAAUACGGUGACACCGUCACAACGGAGUUCACCUGGAAGGAGGACCAGAGCAAGUCACACCUCCUCAACUUGGUGGACAACAUUCCCACAGGGAGGACCGCUGCCCCGGCACUUGGCUCAGUGCUACGAUAUGCUGUGCAGGCUGCCAUCAGGGAGGGUAGAGUGGGCGUGGCCAAAGCCGUGGUGAUGAUAGUGACUGACAAGUCAACUGAUCAGGUCCGAGAAGCAGCAAAUGAAGCGCUGGCUGCAGGUGUGUCAGUGUUCCCCAUCGGCGUAGGUCGGGACUAUGACAAGAGUGAGCUUGCCAUUUUGGGUCACAAACAAGACAACAGCCUGCACCUGAAAAAUAUGGAACAGUUACGGAUGUUGCUGACUUUGGACGACGGUUACGCAGAAAGAAUCUGCAGAGCUGGUCCACCUGGGGUGUGUGUUGAUGACAGUGGAAGGGAGAGAAAACCAGGAGAAUCAUGGCUGCUGGAGGAUGGCUGUCAUUCGGUUCUGUGCCAUCCCAGCGGCGCCGUUACCAUGCAGAGCCACAAAGUCAGCUGUAAUAAACUGGAGCCGCCAGCUUGCAGGAACAACAUGCCACCUGUUAAAGUCCAGGAGGCCUGCAGCUGCCACUGGAAAUGUCCUUGCAUUUGUAUGGGCAGCUCCACCAAUCACGUGGUGCGAUUUGAUAGCGUGCCUCUCAGGAUCGAUGCGGAGGGGCUGUGCGCCUACACCCUUUUCACUGUCAGCAGGGGCAUCAGUGAAGGUUCAGAGGUCAUCCUCCACAACGGACCUUGUCAGGACUCUGCACAUUACAGCCGAAUCUGUAUGAAAGCCAUCGAGGUGAUGCACGGCCCACAUAGACUCCUGCUGAAGGAUGAUAUGAUGGCAUUGAUUGGCCAGGAUGAGCUUUCACUGCCAUGGAGGUAUGCAGGCCUGGAACUGGUGCGAUAUGGAGGAAUGAUGCUUCAACUCAAAUCCGACCACGGCUACAUUUUGACAUUCACGCCUCAGAGCAAUGAGUUCACCAUCACGUUGCUCAACUCCAACAUCAGGGGCCGCAUCGCUGGACUCUGUGGUGCUUGUGGGGAAGAUUCAGUCAGCGUUUUCGCUUUGCGUAAUGGCAGCUCAACAGCCGAUCAGCCGGCUUUCGUCUCUGACUGGACCACGGCCGGAGAUGGGGCCGUGUGCUUGCCGAAACGCAAGGCGGUGUGUGCGUCCGGAGCGGCGAUGGGAUGCCAGGCCUUGCGCUCUGAGGUUUUCCAACCGUGUCACGCACGCAUACCUGUUAUGGUGUUCCUCGCUAAAUGUGAGGAGCAGGCAUGUGAGCAAUCAGACGUCUGCGAGUUCAUUUCUGCCUACGCGCUCAUGUGUAGACAGAGGAGUGUGUGUAUAGACUGGAGAAGCGCCCACCUCUGCCCUUUACACUGUCCCGCCUCCUUGGAGUAUGACGCAUGUCGCACAGGCUGUAUCGAGGACUGUGAAAGCAUGCAGACGUUGCGGGGUGACUGGUCUGUUGCCAGGAGCAACCAGUCAUCUUGUACGGACACACCCACCGAGGGCUGUUUCUGUCCUCGAGGGACAGUUUUGCAUCAGGGAGUGUGUGUGUCACCAGAGGCAUGCAAGCAGUGUGUGGACCAGCGUGGACGCUCCUAUGAGUAUCUGCAGAGUUGGGUACCGGAUGACAACCCAUGUUUGAUCUGCAUGUGUUUGGGCCGGCAGCACAUCAACUGCACCGCCCGACCCUGCAAUGAUGUGCAAGCACCAGUGUGUGGACCCUGUGAGGUUCUAAAGGAAAAGAGAAAUUCCAAGUGCUGCCCAGAGUAUGAAUGUGUGUGUGAUCUGUCGAGCUGUGAUGUGCCUGAAGCACCCCGCUGUGAGGAUGGUGAAGUGGUGCAUUUGAAAAACCCGGGAGAAUGUCAAGCCAUUCAUGAGUGCGUUUGCAAAAAGGAGAACUGCGUUUCUCGCUCCCGUCCUGCGUGCGGGGCGCAUCGGCAGCUGACGGUGAAAAAGACAAAGUGCUGUGACGUGUUUGAGUGCUCGUGUAGCUGUCACAACUCCACCCGCACUUGUCCUGCUGGCUUCAUCACAGCUUCCAAGACGGACGACUGUGACUGCACCGAGACAAGCUGCCUACCGGACAAUGUGUGUGUGGUUGGUGGUGUGGUGCAUCCCGUGGGCAGCAAGUGGAAUGAGGGAUGCGAGAAGUGCAGCUGCAGUGCCCUGCAGGACAAUGUCACCUCCCUGCACGUUGUCCAGUGCUCUCCGCCAGUUUGCCAACGCAGCUGCCCCACCGGAUCCAAGUACACGCCAUCCAGUGGGGAAUGCUGCGGGAAGUGCAAACCCACUAGCUGUGUGGAGUCCGAGGGAGAGAUGCGAGGGGACUCACUGAUUGGUGUAAAGCUGAGAAUGGUGGGCGAGCAAUGGCAGUCGCCCGAUGAUAAGUGUGUGUUGCAUAAGUGUGUGAGGGUGAAAGAUGAGUUGUUCAUCUCUUCUACAAACAUCAGCUGUGCUGUUAUCAACACACCGGCCUGUCCGCUGGGCUCAGAGUUGCGCUGCGACACGCACGAUUGCUGCCCACGCUGCCACUGUGCUCCUGUAGAUGCCUGCGUCCUCAACAACACUCUUCUUGGAGCCGGGGAGAAGCUGAUGGUGGAUGCCUGCACGCACUGUGAAUGCUCGGUGGAGGAUGGCGCCAUCAAGAGACACAGGCUAUCCUGCAGGAGAAUCCCCUGUAUGCCUUGUCCCAUGGGAUACAUUGAGCAGAAAGAAGAAGGUGCUUGCUGUGGUCGCUGUGUCGCCACCACCUGCUUUGUGAGCAUGCCUGAUGGACAGCAGAUGAGUAUGCAGGUCAAUACCACAAAGGUUGAUGGCUGCAACCAGUAUGUUUGUGGUGUGAACCAUGAAGGAGAGCUGGCCUUGCAGAUCCGAACCACUACUUGCCCUCCUUUGAACCGCCAAGAAUGCCUGGAUCAGGGGGGCACUGUUAGCCAGAUCGGAACAACGUGCUGCGAGAUCUGUACCGAGUCAGCGUGUCGCAGGACGGCGGGAACGUUGAACUAUGUCAAAGUGGACGAUUGCCAAUCGGAGCAGCAGAUUGAGUUGCACUAUUGUGAGGGUAAAUGUCGCAGUAAGUCCAUGUACUCCCUGCAGAGAGCUGCUGUCGAGCAGGAGUGUGUGUGUUGCGUUGCCACGGAGACAGAGCCCGUCAGCGUUCCUAUUCUGUGUGCCAACGGGACCCACAGCCACCACACGGUCCUGUCGGUCACUGCAUGCGACUGUCAGUCCAAACAUUGCACGUAGAAAGGAACACUUUUCAAACGUACAAUUUUGUUGAAUUUGUAUGUACUCAUGUCACAAUGCUACAGUAUAAAGCAAGCCAUUGUUACAGAA